CUUAACCAAAUAAAAGAUCGUAAAAUAUUCAUAAGGUUGUUGUUCUGCACCUUAGCAUAGAAAAAUAACAGCACCAAAACUAUCUCAUCGAGGCGCAGGCGUCUGGAUUUAAAUAUUUCUGUCAGUUUUAAGGAUCGUUAUACAACAUUCAGCUAUAGUGAAUUGCAUCUGCAGACUGAGAAUGUCAUUAUACUGGACGCUCUUUGUAAUUUGCAUUCAAACUACAGUGAUAGGUGGUCAAAGAUUUACCGAGGAAGAGAUUCAGUUGAUUGACAGUACAGUAGAAGCCGUGAGAAAAUGUAAACAUAUACCAGGACUAGGGAUUUCGCUUGUAAGAAAUGGGAGUGUAUUGUACAAAGGUUAUGGCCAAGCUCGACUGGAUCCACCUGUGAGCUUUGACGAGUUCACGGUAUCAAACAUAGGCUCCACAGGGAAAGCUUUUACAGCAGCACUUCUUGGUAUCUUAAUUACAGAAUCCAGGAGAAAGGGUGAAAGGCUAGGGUGGGAUUCUAAAGUAGCAGACAUAUUGGGAUCAGACUUUCACAUGAGUACAGACGUCGUUACUUCUGAAAUGACGAUUAAGGACAUUCUAACUCAUCGCACAGGAUUACAGAACCCGGACCUGUCCCUCCUUACAGUGUUAGAAAAUAUCACCAGGACCGCCUUUGUCAGUCGUUUGAAAUAUUUACCACAGACGAUGGAUUUUCGAGACGAGAUGAGCUACAACAAUUUUAUGUACAUGAUAGCAGGUCAUGUUGCAGAAGUACUUGGUGGUAAAUCAUUUGAGACAUUAAUCAAAGAGAAAAUAUGGGAUCCACUGGGCAUGAAUGGAUCUUACUUCUUGGAUGAUGUGUCUUCGAGGAAUGAACAUUUUGCAUUUCCCUACUUUCUAAUUAAUGGAACAUUAAAUUUCACGGAUGAUGACUUUCUCUUGUAUAGAUUACAUCAUUAUUCACCUGCGGGAGGCCUCUGCUCCUCCUCAAGAGACCUGUCAAAAUGGUUGAUAUUUUUGUUGGGAAAUGGUACCUCUGAAAAUGGUCUAAAUCUCAUUGACAAGGAUGUUUUUGAAGACAUGUUUGAACCUUCUAUAUCACUACCUCGAAAACUAAUGGAUCGCUACACUUUGGAAAAACCAUAUCCGGUGCAUUCAAUAGUGUCGUGGUAUGGUUAUGCUUGGUUUGGACGAAACUAUAGAGGGCAAAGAUCCGUUUUCCACACAGGCUCCCUCCAUGCAUACUCAACAAUUGCAUCCCUUUACCCCCAAGCGAAAAGUGGUUUCUUCAUGAUGGCAAAUGGUCCUUGGCCAGUUAAAUUUAGAACAGAUUUAGAGCCAUUAUCCUAUGUAUUGUCUGACAUCCUCCUACAAGAGGAGCAAUGGUUAAACCUCUCCACGGUUUGUUCUUUUCCCGAACCUUGGGAAGAAAAGCAAAUAAAGAACGAAACAGUGACCGAAAUUUCCACAGAUGAAUUAUACGACUUCACGCCAUGCGUAGGGAAAUACGGACAUGCCAUUUAUGGCGAUAUCGCCAUUAGUAAUGAUUUAGCCAAUCGAAACCUUUCGUUUAGGAUGAAUUCCAUCGGGGAAGGAAACUUGGCUCUCGUGUUUUCUGAAAAUUCGACUUUUCAUAUGGACUUUGCUGGUAGGUUAUCCUUAAUUUUUGGUCAAAGUUGUGAAGCCUACUUUGCUGAGCAAUCAAAUGGAUUGUUCCAAAAGCUCCAUUUAAAAUGUGCCGGUGAAUAUGAUUUUCAUCGAGGUGUAAGCUUUCUCGGGGAGUAUGGCCCGACAUCCUCUUCAACGUUUAUGAUAUGCGAUAUAUCACUUUUGAUAUUGUCAAUGUUCAUACUUCUGCUGCUCGUCCACCUAUCAUGAAUAACCCCUAUGAAAAUGUAUUAUUUCUUUUGUAACAGCGGUCGAGUUCGAUAGACAUGUUUUAGCGAUCUACGAGAGAGCUUGGUUUUCCCUUUCUCGUAAGCUAAUGAAUGUUUGGACCUAUUUUUUUCCGCAGAUAUCUCCCAAACUUUGUUUUCUUUAAUAGGCCAUCAUAAUUUGCUUUAUUUUCUUUACUUUCUUUAUUUCUGCAUUUCAAUUCUAAAGCUGAAGACGUCGCUAUAUGAGUACAAAUUAUCGAAUGGGACGUAAAACAACAGCAGUACGUAUGUAUCAGUGUAUGAAUACAUAUACGGGGUCAACAGAGGUCACGGCUGUGCGUAUGAACAUUUGUUAAAAGUAGGUUACCGGUACUAUUUUUACUAAGGCAAUACACAUCUAGCCAGUGCUUCCGCUUAUUGCAUUGUCCUUAUAUGUUUCAAAUUUCGUCUUCUACACUGACCCCUGGUCACUCUUGCGUAAACAAUGGCUUAGUUUGGCAACUUUGAUAUGAGUGAUGCGGAAUUACACCUUCUGCUAGACGAUGACAUUUGACUUUUAGCAGAAAGGUCAUUCACAGUAUUUAUAGCCGAUAUUUGUAAGUCGUCGAAGUGCAUUAAGACCUACAGCAGCGAUGAGUGAUGUCAGUUCCCCUGCACGCCAAACCAUAUUUAUAUGUCGGGGCAUCGGAGCGAGGCGUCGUUCAAAACCUAUAACAGAAAUUUAUCGAGUCAACAGAAGCGUUCAGUGAGCUCACGUUUGUCAACAAUUACAAAUUCAAAUCAAAACCGUACCUUACCUUCGUACACUUCCACAUUCUCUGCGAUGUCAGUUCUUUCAGGAGAUUCAUCUGCGUCAUCUGCCCUGUCUAUAAAUGAUUUGCCUACACCUGACGACUGUUCUUCAUGUUCCUCCACCCCAGUCUUCUGUUAACUCCGUAAUGUCCACAGAAUAUCAUUCAAAAUCCAUCUUCAACUAUUGCGUCUUCAACUUUCAAAAGUGAAAGGGGGCAUCACAACUGUAACGUUGCGCCCUUUCGCGGUACAUUUUAUCAGCUUUUCCAACAUUAUCAAUUUAGACAUAAGGAAGAGUUCUUAAUUAUAUACUCCCGAUUUAAUAUAUAUAUAUGUCUUUAUUGAUAUACUUGCUUUUUAGUGUCUUAAUAAUUAAAACAGUUCUUCAUUUGA